AACAAAUAAAAGGGAGUGCCCUGUGCCCAAAUAUUUAUAAUUUUAUUUAUACCUGAUUCCUGAACCCCAGAACCUGAUACGGUGAGGUGAGCAGUUGAGACUUGAGAGAGGCGGAGAGCAGAGAAUCAGAGAGAGGCUGAGGCGGUCCAGCCUGAACAGUGGAGACUGGAGACUAGAGAGAGGCGGAGUGCAGAGACUAGAGAGAAAGAUUUGCUUAGUUCUCUGCCAGGCACAACACUUGGGUAAUUUACAAGAAGAGUUGCUGGAACAAACUGACAGUUACUGCAAUGGGAAAGAAGCCGGAGGGGACUGGUGCUAAGGCUAGUGGCAAAGACACUUCAAAAGAUGCGAAGAAAGGGAAGCUUUCGGUCUCGGCGAUGCUUGCUAACAUGGAUGAGAAACCUGAGAAACCUAAAAAGGGUUCUUCUUCAAACGCUUCUAGUAAACCUAAGACAAAAGCUCCAAAAGUGUCAUCUUACACUGAGAACAUAGAUCUUCCUCCAUCUGAUGAUGAGGAUGAUGCCUCUGAAGAAGACCUGUCUGAUGCCAAGAAGCGGCAAAUGAGGAAUGAUUCAAAUUCACUUGACAUAGCCAUAAGUGAGAAAGAGUUGAAAAAAAGAGAAAAGAAGGACAUACUUGCUGUCCAUGCAGCAGAGCAGGCAAAACGGGAGGCCCUUAGGGAUGACCAUGAUGCUUUUACUGUUGUUAUUGGUAGCCGGGCUUCAGUUCUUGAUGGGGAUGAUGAAGCUGAUGCCAAUGUCAAAGACAUAACUGUUGAUAAUUUCUCUGUAUCUGCUCGGGGAAAAGAACUCUUAAAGAAUACGUCGGUUAAGAUAUCUCAUGGGAAAAGGUAUGGCUUGGUUGGACCCAAUGGAAUGGGCAAGUCUACAUUAUUAAAGCUCCUUGCUUGGAGGAAGAUUCCAGUACCUAAGAAUAUUGAUGUGCUUUUGGUUGAACAAGAGGUGGUUGGUGAUGAUAAAACUGCCCUUGAAGCAGUUGUUACAGCUAAUGUAGAGCUGGUAAAUCUCCGAAAAGAGGUUGAAUCUUUGCAGAAUUCAUCUUCUGUUGCUGAGGGUGAGAAUGGAGAUGAUGAGAAUGGGGAUGAUGUGGGAGAUAAGCUUGCCGAGUUGUAUGAACAGUUGCAUAUCUUGGGAUCAGAUGCAGCAGAGGCUCAGGCAUCAAAGAUUCUUGCUGGGUUGGGUUUCACCAAGGAUAUGCAGGGUCGUCCAACCCGAUCAUUUAGUGGUGGCUGGAGGAUGAGAAUAUCAUUGGCUAGGGCGCUCUUUGUGCAACCAACACUUCUCUUAUUGGAUGAACCCACAAACCAUCUUGACCUUAGGGCUGUUCUCUGGCUGGAGGAGUACUUGUGUCGGUGGAAGAAAACUCUUGUAGUUGUGUCACAUGACCGGGAUUUCCUCAACACUGUCUGCACUGAGAUCAUUCAUCUCCAUGAUUUUAAGCUUCAUUUCUACCGUGGGAAUUUUGAUGAUUUUGAAAGUGGGUAUGAGCAGCGUCGCAAAGAGAUGAACAAGAAGUUUGAAACUUAUGAGAAGCAAAUUAAAGCAGCGAAGAGGUCAGGGAGUCGGGCUCAGCAGGAAAAGGUGAAAGACCGGGCUAAGUUUAAUGCUGCAAAGGAAGCAUCUAAGAGCAAGGCUAAGGGAAAGGUUGAUGAGGAUGAGCCUCUGCCUGAGGCUCCAAAGAAGUGGAGAGAUUAUAGUGUGGAGUUCCACUUCCCUGAACCUACUGAGCUCACACCACCACUUUUGCAGCUAAUUGAAGUCAGCUUUAGUUACCCAAAUCGAGCGGAUUUUAGGCUCUCGAAUGUCGAUGUAGGUAUUGAUAUGGGAACACGUGUUGCUAUUGUUGGGCCCAAUGGAGCUGGAAAAUCUACCCUACUGAAUCUUCUUGCAGGUGAUUUGGAUCCAACAGAAGGUGAAGUACGAAGGAGUCAAAAGUUAAGGAUUGGGAGGUAUUCGCAGCACUUUGUGGACCUACUAACAAUGGAUGAAACGCCAGUUCAGUAUCUUCUUCGUCUUCAUCCAGAUCAAGAGGGACUUAGCAAGCAGGAGGCUGUACGUGCAAAGCUUGGAAAAUUUGGACUCCCUAGUCAUAAUCACCUCACCCCAAUUGCAAAAUUAUCUGGAGGGCAAAAGUCACGGGUUGUCUUCUCUUCAAUUUCCAUGUCGAAGCCACACAUAUUGCUAUUGGAUGAGCCCACAAAUCAUCUGGACAUGCAGAGUAUUGAUGCGCUGGCUGAUGCACUGGAUGAGUUUACUGGUGGAGUUGUCCUUGUCAGUCAUGACUCUAGGCUUAUAUCUCGUGUUUGUGAGGAUGAAGAGAAGAGUGAAAUUUGGGUUGUGGAAAAUGGAACUGUGAGAAAUUUCCCUGGAACCUUUGAGGAGUACAAGGAGGAGUUACAAAGAGAGAUCAAAUCAGAGGUUGAUGAAUGAUUUUACAGCCAUCACAUUAGUUUUUUGGUAUAAAGAUAGAGAGAAUGUUGCUUGCUUAGACUAAAGUGGAAGGUCAGUAAAUUUGGAAUGCUUCUUACACGUGACAAACUUUAAUUGCUCCUUUGAAGAUGUUUUCAACCUAGCAACAAGAUUCUGUAAAUGUUCUACAAAGGCGAAUCUAAUUCUUUCUUUCUCUUAGGGGAAGAAAUGGUUGCAACUCUUCUGAAUGAUAAUUAUUGAUGGCCUAUGUAUAAACUUGCAGAAUGCCAAUGAGCUCUAUGUAUGGUGUUGUUACUAAGUAUCAUAUUUUUCAGACAUGAGCUUAUUGGUUAUAGGCU